CCCAUUUUGCUCCGGGCACAUAAUGAAUUCAAGACCCAUCUACGGCAUCGGUUGAGCGAGCUCGGGGUGACUGCUGAUGGAGGUCCUAGACAGAGUUUGGUGGAUUCCGAACUCACCUUCUACAUGAGCCAGUUCCACCGUUUGACCACCCGCCUGUCGAAGUUCUCGGACGACUUUAUAGAUGUAUGGCCCACGAGCUAACCCAUCAACCCCCCGUCUGUGAAAUCCUUCUCCUGGUCUUUCAUGGGUGUCCCGCCAAGAUCCUGAUCUGUUUGUGCUUUUGUGACAGUAAUUUUAUGCACUAUGUUUUUGUCACACUCUGGGGGGACGACCAUUUUCCACUCCCCACAUCAUUGGUCUUUAUACUUCUUAGUCUUUCAGUUAUUUUCUCUCGCCCUCCUCCCCGCUCUCCUUCCUCUCCCCACACCUGUAUGCUGUGCAUGUGCACACCAUGACCGAUGGUUUCAUUUGUUGUUAAUCAGCCCUCCCUUGUUUUCUUUUCUUAUUGUCGACAUACAUUGGUC